AGAAAGUAACUUGGCCGGGCAUGGCCGGGAGGGAGCUGGGCGGGCGCCGUCUUUGCAGCCGGGCAGCCGGCUUGUGAGUCCCCGUCGCCGCCAGGAGGAAGGGAGCUUGGCGGCUCGAAGCUCCCCGCCAGCGGACGGAAAGAGCCCGGUCGCCCCUUCGGAAGGACGGGCGCACGGUCGGGGGUCCCCAGCGCGCCCCUCCAGUAACCCCUUCGGCGCGGGGCGGCUGUUUUGGUUCUCCUCCCCCCUCGAUCUCGCCCCCCCACCCCCAGCCGACCGUGCUCACCCCCGGCGGGCAGCAUGGAGGGCGCGCACAGCCUGACCGCCGACGAGGUGCUGCGGCGCUUCGAGGUGCGGGAGAGCUGCGGGCUCAGCUCGGAGCAGGUGCGGCGACAGCGGGAGAAGUACGGUCUCAAUGAACUCCCCGCUGAAGAAGGCAAGUCGCUGUUUGAGUUGGUGGUGGAACAGUUUGAAGACCUCCUAGUUCGCAUCCUCCUCUUGGCGGCCUUCGUGUCCUUCGUCUUAGCAUGGUUUGAGGAAGGUGAAGAAACCACAACGGCGUUUGUGGAACCUGUUGUCAUCAUCAUGAUCCUCAUUGCUAAUGCGGUGGUAGGAGUGUGGCAGGAACGAAAUGCUGAGAGUGCCAUCGAAGCCCUAAAAGAGUAUGAACCAGAGAUGGGGAAAGUGAUCAGGGCCGAUAGGAAUGGAGUCCAAAGGAUCCGAGCGCGAGACAUUGUCCCAGGUGAUAUUGUGGAAGUGGCAGUUGGCGACAAAGUGCCUGCCGAUAUCAGGAUCAUUGAGAUCAAAUCUACAACGUUACGGGUAGACCAGUCCAUUCUUACUGGUGAAUCUGUGUCAAUUGUCAAGCACACAGACCCCAUUCCAGACCCCAGAGCUGUCAACCAGGAUAAAAAGAACAUGCUGUUUUCUGGUACCAACAUAUCUGCUGGAAAAGCUGUUGGCGUGGUCAUCGCCACGGGAGUCUACACAGAAAUCGGGAAGAUCAGGAACCAGAUGGUUGCAACUGAGCCCGAGAAGACCCCCUUACAGCAGAAACUGGAUGAAUUCAGUCAGCAACUCUCUAAGGUCAUUUCCCUGGUCUGCAUAGCUGUCUGGGUCAUCAACAUCAGCCACUUCAGCGACCCCGUGCAUGGGGGCUCAUGGUUCCGUGGAGCUAUCUACUACUUCAAGAUUGCCGUGGCCUUGGCCGUGGCUGCCAUCCCUGAGGGACUUCCAGCCGUCAUUACCACUUGCUUGGCGCUGGGCACCCGCCGGAUGGCCAAGAAGAAUGCGAUUGUGCGAAGUCUGCCUUCGGUGGAAACCCUCGGCUGCACGUCGGUCAUCUGCUCCGACAAGACCGGCACUCUGACAACCAAUCAGAUGUCAGUCUGCAGGAUGUUCGUUGUCGACAAGAUAGAAGGGAUUAAUUGCUGCCUUCACGAGUUCACCAUCACUGGAUCCACAUAUGCCCCUGAGGGGCAAGUGCUGAAGAAUGAUGAGCCAGCUCAGUGUGGGCAAUAUGACGGCUUGAUGGAGUUGGCCACAAUCUGUGCCCUUUGCAAUGAUUCCUCCCUGGAUUACAAUGAGUCCAAGAAAGUCUAUGAAAAAGUGGGAGAAGCAACCGAAACGGCCUUGACAUGUUUGGUGGAAAAGAUGAAUGUUUUCAACACAGAUGUUGACAAACUCUCCAAGGUGGAGCGCGCCAAUGCCUGCAACUCUGUGAUCAAAAAGCUGAUGAAGAAGGAAUGCACGCUGGAGUUCUCCCGUGAUCGCAAGUCUAUGUCCGUUUACUGCACACCAGUUGCCUCUAACCACAACUCCUCCAGCAGCAAACUCUUCGUCAAGGGUGCUCCGGAAAGCGUCAUUGAGCGCUGUAACUACAUUCGUGUCGGGAGCAACCGAGUUCCCCUGACUCUCUCCACUAAAGAGAAAAUACUCUCCAAAAUCCGAGAUUGGGGCACCGGCAUUGACACGCUGCGCUGCCUUGCGUUGGCCACGAGGGACCACCCUCACCAGAAAGGGGAGAUGCGCCUGGAUGACUCCAGCCAGUUCAUUAACUAUGAGACCAACCUGACCUUUGUUGGCUGUGUGGGGAUGUUGGACCCUCCCCGGAAGGAAGUUAUAUCAGCCAUUGAGAUGUGCAAGAAAGCGGGCAUCCGAGUCAUCAUGAUCACUGGCGACAAUAAAGGGACGGCUGUGGCCAUCUGCCGGAGGAUCGGGAUCUUCUCAGAGACGGAGGACGUGACAGGCAAAGCUUACACGGGCAGAGAAUUCGAUGACCUCACGCCGGAGGCACAGCGGGAAGCCUGCCGCUCUGCUCGGUGUUUUGCUCGGGUGGAGCCUGCCCAUAAGUCCAAAAUAGUUGAAUAUCUGCAGUCCUUCAAUGAAAUCACAGCGAUGACUGGUGAUGGAGUUAAUGAUGCCCCAGCUCUGAAGAAAGCUGAAAUUGGCAUCGCGAUGGGCUCUGGCACGGCUGUGGCCAAGUCGGCAGCCGAAAUGGUCUUGUCCGACGACAACUUUUCAACCAUUGUUGCUGCUGUGGAGGAAGGCCGGGCCAUCUACAACAACAUGAAACAGUUCAUUCGUUAUCUCAUCUCUUCCAACGUCGGGGAGGUUGUCUGUAUCUUCCUGACAGCUAUUCUGGGGCUGCCUGAAGCACUGAUCCCAGUCCAGCUUCUAUGGGUGAAUUUGGUGACGGACGGUCUGCCAGCCACAGCUCUUGGCUUCAAUCCCCCUGACCUGGACAUCAUGGACAAGCUACCCCGAAAUCCUCGGGAGCCGCUCAUCAGCGGAUGGCUUUUCUUCCGCUAUUUGGCCAUUGGAGUGUACGUUGGUCUAGCAACAGUAGGCGCGGCUACCUGGUGGUUUUUGUACGAUGCUGAAGGGCCUCAAGUUACAUUUUACCAGCUGAGGAACUUCAUGAGAUGCACUGAGGACAACCCCAUCUUUGAAGGAGUCAACUGUGAAAUCUUCGAAUCUCGUUAUCCAACGACGAUGGCGCUCUCAGUGCUGGUGACCAUAGAGAUGUGCAAUGCCCUUAACAGUGUGUCUGAAAACCAGUCUCUGCUGAGGAUGCCUCCCUGGCUCAACCUCUGGCUCCUUGGGGCGAUUGUCAUGUCUAUGGCACUGCAUUUCCUGAUUCUUUCUGUGAAGCCAUUGCCCCUGAUAUUUCAGGUAACACCUCUCAACUGGCCGCAGUGGGUGGUUGUAAUGAAAAUCUCAUUGCCGGUUAUCUUGCUGGAUGAAGGCCUGAAGUACCUCUCCCGCAACCAUUUAGAGGGCAAAGAGAUCAAGAAAUGAAUGCUAUGAACUUGGUUUCUCAACAAAGGAGCCCUCAACUCUCAGCUGGGACUGAAGAAUUUGCAUGCUAGAACAUCGCCGAAGCCAGCAAGCAACAUGCAUGUGUUUUGAGUCUCAGACUUAAUGCGGGUGAAUCAUCAAAAGAAACGAAAAACUGAUUUUUUUUUGGGGGGGGGGUGUUUUUCAUUUUUGCUAUGUAGCUUUUUUUCUGUACAUAAUGGUGCAAAUACUGGACAGAUAAAUUAUGGGGGUCAGGGGUAGAAUUUACUCUGUUAUGGAGGCAGGGUAUUCGAGGUCCUGAAGGAUACGUUUCUGAAGAUUUAAUUCCUUUCUUCUUCUUUUUUUUUGUUCUGCCCUAAUAACUGCAUUUUUUUUUUGCCCUGUCAAGAGUUUGUGAUGGUUUCAUAGCGAGAGGAAUAGUUGAGCUCUUUUCAGAUGAAGCCCCUAUGAUGGAGCUAGUGAGAUGGAACCAAGAUUCAGGGCGAAGAAGAGUCAGUGACUACUGUAUAGAACAACAGCUCCAGUGUCUCUGGUUGACUCAGGUUGCUUAACAAGUGUGACCUCGAAGGUUUUUAUAGCAGUCGGGCUAGAACCACAUGACCCGCUGUGGCCUAUCACCAUUCGGGAGGCCUUUGACCUGGCCUCUUUUGGCUAGAUCUUUAGUGGAGAAACACCGCGUGAACCCUAGCUUGAUGAUUUGAGCCCUGAUGGCUCUGGGUUUUUGAAGAUUGAUGCAGUGCCUGCCUUGAGGAAGAAAUUGUUCUAGGCAAGGAGGAGAAAAAUAAGACACGGUUCUUAUUGCUUAUAUUAACCACUGCUAAAUGCUUAUGUUCAAGUCUCCCUGCCCCUUGUUUUGUAUUCAGAGUUUUAGCCAAUGAAUAAGAAAUUAUUAAUGUUAUUAUGGAUCAAUCCAAAAUAGUAAGAUUUGUGAAAUGUCAGGCGGAUGCCCAGAAGCCAGGUGAAGGGUUCCCAAAGUUUCUUCUGACCAGCACGCUCAGAAAGAGGGAGUGCUCUGGAUCUUCGAGCCCAGCACCCAUAAAAUGGCAGGAAGGGACUUUUCAGGGCAAAGUGGUUGUCAAAACUUUACUGGCUCAGGCAUUCGCAGUGCCCUCAGAAAGCGGAGAGGAAGGAGAACGAAGUCCAAUGGUUAACCUUUUAUGUCUGUGAGCUCCCUCCCAGUAGCAUCAAUUCCCCCCC